AACAAAAUGGCAAGAACCAAGCAGACCGCUCGUAAAAGCACCGGAGGCAAAGCCCCCAGGAAGCAGCUGGCCACCAAGGCUGCGCGGAAGAGCGCCCCGGCCACCGGCGGUGUCAAGAAGCCUCACCGUUACAGGCCCGGUACCGUGGCUCUGAGAGAGAUCCGUCGCUACCAGAAAUCUACUGAGCUGCUCAUCCGCAAGCUGCCCUUCCAGCGCCUGGUGAGAGAAAUCGCUCAGGAUUUCAAGACCGAUCUGCGCUUCCAGAGCUCCGCUGUCAUGGCUCUGCAGGAGGCAAGCGAGGCCUACCUGGUCGGCCUUUUUGAGGACACCAACCUGUGCGCCAUCCACGCCAAGAGGGUUACCAUCAUGCCCAAGGACAUCCAGCUGGCCCGCCGUAUCCGCGGAGAGAGAGCUUAA